AGUGUUCCGGUUUCCGGUUCAGUCUGCUGUGCGCAGAAGUUGCUAGUUACAGGAGCCACAAUGGCGUUUGUAAUGUCCUUCAGAUAGGGCUGUGGAUGAUAUUAAAUCCACUAGCAUCGCCCUAAAUAUAGGCCUGGUUGAUUCCCAGAGCCAUUGAUAAUAAACUGGAACAUCUACUGCACACGAAAAUACUAUGAUUUCUUAUCAAUACUGAAAUUAUAGGGGAUAAAACUAACAUUGAAGGGAAUAUGUGAACAGUACCAACCGGGUCAAGUUUUCAUUUUGUUCGAGAAACGAGCUUCUUUUAAUGAAGGCACUGCUUGUUUCUGAACGCUUAGACCGUAAUUUUGUGGAAUAAAAGCACCUUUACUUAACUUGGCACCGGACAAGGACACCUUUCACAAAGGGACUUUUUCUUUUUUACGAGUCAGCUCGCUAGCCGCCGAGCAUUAGCUAGCGGCGCUAGCUAAACUGAGACGGAGGCGACACCACAAUGUUCCGAUGUUUUGUCGGGAUCUUUUUCAUUCCCUGGCUAUUUUGAGGUACAACACUUCACAGCGCUGAUAAACCACCUUGGCAUUUUUCUGCUUUGAUGAACCAAACUGACGAUCUCAGUGGAGUGGACUGGUAUUGAAGAGGACUGGACGUGAGCGGCCUAGUUUGUUCAUUCUGUGUAAUAGUUUACUCUGUUACUGCUUAGUGGCACAUUUGUUUUGAGUAUUUGUGAUAGUUGAUGGUCUCUUGUGAAUGAAUUGCCUGGACCACAGAGGCCCAGUUACAGGAGAGGUAUCGUCGCCGGCGUGAGGGAUGCCUGGGUCGGACCGACACCAUGGGACCAAGAGGAAGCCAGAAUCUAGCAACAGUGGUAUGCUACACCAAACCCAGGCCCAAACUCAUACCUCUGUGGGAGAAAAGGCAAGCAAAGACGGCAAAGUGCAGUUAAAAUCUUCAAUGUCCUCUUCCUCCACAAAACGUAAGCGGCAUAAAUCAACCAAACAUAAUAGGGGAUCCUUGGCGACACCGGGACCAGAAUAUUUUACCCUAGGCGACACGGCGCCACCUGGUGUCAACACGGUGAAGCCUCUGGUUGAGUACGAUGAUAUCAGCUCGGACUCGGACACUUUCUCGGACCCACCAUCCUCCAGGCCCUCUGACAGGGCUGUCGCGUACCGACUGGAGCCCUCACCAGACUGCGACAGGGAAGAUCUCAGCAGACAAACUGAAAGCAGACAAAACAGGGGGCACAGGCAGUCCCGCAAAAAACCCAAGGACCCAAACAAAGUUAGAGAUCCUGGAAAUGGGGAACGUGGGUACAAGAAAAAGAGCAGCAAAGACCGCGAGAAAGGAAGUUCUGGAAAAAGCAAGGAGAAGGCAACAUCCUCCGGCCCAUCAACCAAACGUCAGGUCCAGCCCGAGGUAGAGUCUAAACGUGGGGAACUGAUGCUGUCCUCCCAGCUACAACCUGGGGCCAGUGUAGGUAGCACCACCUCCUCCACAUCCUCAUCUCGCAGUAAGGAAAGCAGCCGCUCAGGGAAGUCUCGCAAAGACAAGCAACAGCGCAGAGAGGGCAGAGGAGAGGGCAGCCGAAGCUCCUCUCAGAGGGUCCGAGCAGACGGGAGCCACCGCAAAUCCUCCAAGAGCCACAAGUCAAGCCCUAAGGGCAAGUCUUCUAGUAGGGGUAGCCCUCGCAGGAAGGGCACAAGCUCUGCUCUUUCACCUAGUCCCAGAAGAGGGGCUGGCAGCGAGAGUCCACAGGGCAGUGGGUAUGGGCAGCAAGGGGAUGAUGGCUACUCCAGGCGAAGGGUGGCCCAGCAGAGCCCCAGUCCCUACAGAGACAUGUCUCGCAGCAGACAAAGAUCAGAUAGCCCCUAUGGCAGCAGACACAGAUCCUCCAGCUAUGAGAGGGACAGCAGCCCUUACUCAAGGAGACGCUCCAUCAGCCCCUAUGGUACUCGCAGAUCCUCCAGCACCAGCCCCAUGUCUCGGUGAGUGUAUGCUGAAAAUGUUUGGAGACCCCUUAAGGGUAAACGGUCUUAAGAGUUGUAGCUCAUUACCACCACAUGUGUUGAGAGGGAAAAUGUGUCUUUUCACAGGGCAAGAUGAGUGUUUGAGAGAGCACAUACUAACUUACCCACACAGCCAUCCUUUGCGGCAUUUGCAUAGCAUCUAAAAAAACCCAAACAGUAGCUGCUUGCAGUUGAACUGGAAGCCAGGCAGACCUGUUGAGCUUGCUAAGCUAUUCUCUAUACAGCAAGAUAUUGAUUGUAGGGGGGAAGGAUGUUUAUGAUGAACCUUUCUUGUCAUGGUACUGACCAAAGCUCAAGGGUGAGAAAGUUAAUGGAUGUGAGUGAUGACAAGACAGUCAGCUGAUAUGAAUACUUACCUUCAGAAUAUAUAUAUAUACAUAUAUAUUCAACCAUGGCCUUUGGUUUCUGCAAAGAGGUUAGGGCACAGCAAAAGAGGUAUGGGUCUGCUCCUGUCAUGCUAGUAUCUGAGACCAUUGUACUGAUUAUUUUUCAGUCACACAGCUCAAAGCCAUUUUUUAAAAAUGUAAAAACAACCACAGAAAGCCUGGAAAUCUGGUGGUGAGAGGACUUGCCUAAUCGACAAUAAGAUAGUUCUUUCAUGUUCAUGAUUAUCAGUUUGUAUGCUGGGUUAAGGAAAUAAAGUCAUACCUGGUGACCACUUCUUACUACUUUACUGGUCAUAAUCAACAAAACCUUCAGCUGUCAGGAAAUGUCUCUACUGCAUUUAUAGAUUUUAAAAAUACCGUAUAUUUCGCACUAUAAGGCGCACUUAAAAUCCUUAUGGCUUGUCAGAGCACUGCAGCUACCGUAGCCUUGCAGAGUUAUUGAAUGAGUUAAAUAAAGUUUGACUUAUCUGACUGUUUUGUUUGGCUUAAUGCGCUUUAUAAUCUGGUGUGCCUUAAUGUAUGAAAAUAGACGCGUUCAUUGAUGGUGCCCCUUAUGAUCAGGUGCACCUUAUAGUGCGAAAAAUACAGUAUUCCUUGUCUUCAAUUUGAGGAAAAUAGUAGUGCAUAUCUGGGGUUGGAAUGGAGUCAAAAUAAAUUUAAAUAAAAAAAAUGCACAAGCUGCUUCUUAGAAGAAAACAAAAGUUUGAGAUCCAGCAUGUUAUUCAGUUUUUAAGGUCAUGGUUUUACUUUGUUACCAAUUUUAUGUGUAUUAUGCCAAACUCACUGUCCUCCAAAUCAAAGACCCCAGAUGUUUUUUUUUCUAAAAACUAUUUGGGAUCUGAUAUGGUCAAAAGAUGGCUACAGUUUAUGACCUAUUCUUAUGCUUGUUUGAAGAUAUUCAAUAAUCAUGUUACAUAUUUUAUCCAUGUCUCUGAUCUCCAGAAGAAUUUGCUAACUUGAUGUUGUUUCUGGCAUUGUUUCUGCUUUUUAUAAGUGAAAGUAUUUUCCCUCUUAGGCGUUCUGGCCGCUCCAGGAGUCGCUCUCCUCUGCAGUACUCAUCUUCUCGUCGCUCUUCCUCUCGUUCCCGAAACAAGAGGCAUGCCUCCUCUGCUGGAGUGGGGGGCAGCUCCCACAGCAGUCGACCUACAAGCCGCUCUCCUCCCUCCACUCGCCUGCCUCUGAACUCCAGCCUGGGUGCCGAGCUUACAAGAAGGAAGAAAGAACGGCAGGCUGCUGAGGCUGCAGCCCGUGCCAGUGGUGGUGCUUCCCCCCUACCCUCGGCACGUAAACCUCCAGGCCUCUCCUCUGUGCGGCCUCCCAAAACAGAGGCUCCACAACCAGACAGAGAGGCAGCAUCAGUUGAAGAACCCCCUCCACCCCCUCCUGCGCCAUUACCCCAGGAUGAUCCUAAUGUAGAAGACGAGGCAACUGCUCCUCCACCUUCCUCUUCCACCUCCUCUCCUGCACCUCUUCCUCCUCAGCCCUCUCCAUCUGUGCCACCCGGUCCAGUCACACAAGCUCCACCACCACCACCACCUCAGACAGAAACAAGUAUUCAUCCUCCGACACCCUUGACCACAUCCCAGGCCAAAUCUCCAGCCCCACUCCCUGCACGCAGCCCCCUUCGCCCAACGCCGCUGCACAAAACAUCGACUCUGCCUCCCCUGCCUUUACCACCUGCAUUGCUGGGGAACGCCCAAAACAGGUGAGACCCAUCUCAAGGGAAAGAGAAGAGAACGAGUACAACUAACACCACUCAUUCAAUACAUGCUCAUCUCUCUCUAUCCUGCAGGAGAAAACCUGAACUUCUCCGUAUUGUUGUCUUUACAUCCGUGGUACAACAUUUCACAUUUUUAAGCAGCAGCUACCUCUGUAGCAGGAAUUUACGUGGAAAUGUUCUCCAUUUUUCCUCAUGUUAACAUUUAGAUGCACUAACAGACUUUUUUGUAUCAGAGUUAAUGUGUAUAGUCAAGUGUAUUUAUUUUAUUUGCAAAUUUUCACUGUUUUGGCUUGAAGAACAUGAACUCUUCAAGUUGCCUGAAAACUUUGAUUUCAAAUCGUUCGAGAGUUCCCUUCACAUUUAAGGUUGAACAUUACAGUCAGAAAGUUAACCUGGAAUCCAUGCCUUACCUCUUGCACUAAUUAGUUUGAUACAGAAUAUAAACGGUUUUCUUUUUCUUUUGCAUCCUCAGUCCAAAGAAGUCCACCCCACCUCAGAAACUACCUAGAAAGGAAAAGGAAGUUCGCAGUCGGACGUCACUCAUUGACCUCCCAUUACCGCCUACCCUGCUCGGAGGAGAUGCUUCACCUCCCCAGUCACCCAUCCGUCAGCCCCCAAUGCUGCCCCAGACAGUCCUGAAGAAGAGACCAAAGUCAGUUUAUUGUCUCAUUCACUCAGUCAUACUUUUUGAAUUCUACAGAUUAGAUUUUUUCAACUGUUUUUAUGAUUUCCAGGAUUUGCUGCCCGCGAUACGGUGAGCGCAAACACAACCUGAGUGAUUGGGGCAAACGCUGUGUAGAUAAAUUUGAUAUAAUUGGCAUCAUAGGAGAAGGUACCUAUGGCCAAGUGUACAAGGCCAAGGACAAAGACACUGGUAAGUGACUUCCAUCGUGAUAGUUCUCACAAGUAUUUGGUGCUUAAACAAGCGAAGAGUGAAUACAAAUAUAACGGGUUCUCUUUUGAACUUCCCAGGUGAACUAGUUGCUCUGAAGAAAGUGCGUUUGGACAAUGAAAAGGAGGGUUUUCCCAUCACAGCCAUCCGUGAGAUCAAGAUCUUGCGGCAGCUCAAACACCGUAGUGUUGUUAACAUGAAGGAGAUUGUCACUGACAAGCAAGAUGCCCUAGAUUUCAAAAAGGACAAAGGUAAGAGGGUCUGAGUAAUAUUGAGAAAUAGUAAAGAGAUGUGAUUCUUCAGAUUUUUCAACUAGAGGAGGUAACUCAUGAGAUCUAGAUGGCUGUGAAACAAAUUUAAAGAAGUGGUAGUAAGUAAUAAAGUAAAAAGGGGAAUCUCAGUACACACAGACCGAACUAUGCGUUUCAUUUCCUGGUAUAUAUGCAGUUAUUUUUGAUGUGCUCAACCUGUUGAGUUUGAUUUAACAGCAGUUUGCCAUGUUUUUUGUGUUUAUUUUUAGGCCCGAACUACACGUAUAUGGAUAUUUAUUUAUCAGGAUAUUUUUGUACUCCCGUCUAAAUAAAUGUAUCUGUCCACACGUGUUAGUUCUCAAAAAUAUCUGCGUCCACACGUAGCCUUCAAACUCAAUCCUAUCUUGUGCUGCUUAAAAAAAAAAUCAGGAACAAAGCUACCUGAUUGGCCGAUGAAUCGUAACAGCGUGAUGCGUCAUGCAUUGUUUGCGGAAGCUACGAUAGUGCAUCGGGUCCAUGUGACGGACCAUGUGACCAAUAAAAGUAUCGGGCGCAGCAGACGCGUCUGUGAGCUGGCUGACUGGUGGAUGUAAUUGUAUAAAAUAAGGUUCACUUGCAAGGCUGAAAUUAGCCCCAAAAGGGCAAAACAAACGUAAAGAAUACCCUGUCUGUCCGCCAUCGUUGUUGUUGUUUUUCUUUUUAAUUUGCAUGCGCGAGCUGCGGUUUGACGUCAUCGAUCCGUAAAAGUCCAACCACACGAAUCCACUACGGAUACGGGAUACAGAUAUUUUUUUAUUUCUCCACUUGUUUUUCCGGAUUCAGAUUUAUCCGGUUUGAGUGCUCCAAACUCCUGUUUUGGUGUGGUAGGGAGGCCUAAUCGGACAUAAAUAUGUGCGGUUUGAAAUAUAUCCGCAUUCGUGUAGUUCGGGCCUUAGUGUUGUGCACAAACUUGUGUUUGUGUCACAGAAAUGAAUGACAUUGUUUAGAUCUUAAAUUUAUGAGUGUCUCUCCACUGUCUCCUGGGUGAACUAAGCUAACGUUCUUGUUCAUAAGUUUCAAAUUAAGCUACUUGGAUCACUGUUUGCCAAAAUAUAAGCGCUUCAUGAAUGCGUUCAUUGUAGCAUAGCGCUGUUUACUACCGGUGCAUCAAAUGAUGUAAGAUAAGAAAAGCAACCAAGAAUCAACAGCUCCUGUAGAUAACAUGUUCAAGAGAAGACACCACAUUGUAGUCGCAUUGAUGAACUACUGUAGCAGCUUGUCUGCAAUCCACAAAGAAAAGCGUGCAAAGAGUUUUUCUGUCCGAUCUGAUCUGAUAUUCAUUGACACUUUUAGACGGGUGAGAAACCCACAUAACGUUGUACCGUAACUGAUCCUGCAGGAGUCACAAAGCACAGUAGUUUCACAGUUUUAGCAGAGAACUCGCAGUAAACUCUCUGAAUGAAUCUUAUUUUCAAGUCUUAUUUAUGAAACGUUUUUUCUCUGUUUCUCUCCAGGUGCUUUUUAUCUGGUGUUUGAGUACAUGGACCAUGAUCUGAUGGGCCUGCUGGAAUCGGGCCUGGUCCAAUUCUCCCAUGAGCACAUCCGCAGUUUCAUGCGCCAGCUGAUGGAGGGUCUGGACUACUGCCAUAAGAACAACUUUCUUCACAGAGACAUUAAAUGCUCCAACAUACUGCUCAACAACAGGUAAGGAACCACGGACAUGACAUGACAUGGUUCCAUUAUAGUGCAGAUUAACUGCACAGUUUGCUUUUGUACAUUACUGCAUCUGAUCCCUGUUUACAAAGUGAUAUUAAUAUUUCCAACAAUGUUCACAUCAACUGAAAACUUCCAGGGGUCAAAAAGCAGCUGUAAAUAAGAAAAACAUACAGCCAAGCACAGUGCAAUGCGAACUAUAAUCUUAGGGAUUCAUUACUUUUUUAUAGAUGUUAGUAGAAAACCAUAUUUCCUGAUUUGUAUCAAUAAACCUGCACAUUUACAUAGCUGGGUGUCUGGUACAGGUUUGCAUGAAGUCUACAAGACUACUUCUUAUUCUUAAGAACAAAGGUUAAGUUGCUGCUGAUAGUUACCUGCCUGUAAAACAUGAUUUUUUUUUUUUUUUCUGUGAUAUAGAGCUUGAUGAGCAUGAAAAUGCUUGCGCAACGGCCAGAAAGAGCAAAUAUUUGACUGCAGGACUCAAAAUUAUCAGUUUUUACUUGGUAGCAGAAUUUAGGGGCAGCCAGUAAAAAUGAAGAAGCAUCUGCAUUUUCUGUGUUUGGCACUCUCCUCAUGUUUGGUCAAGCCAGAAUGAGGCAAAGGCAGUGUGAUCUGCAACCUUCAUUUCACAGGCCCUACAGAGAGCAGUGAAUUGUGCCAUUUUCAUAGUGGGGCCAUUCAACAUCUUUCAGCUAUUCUACAAAAACUAUGAGCUGUGUCGCUGAUAAAUCUACAUCCACUGCAUUUGCCAUUUCCAGCAACAACUUCAGGAGAAAUGUUUUACAUAAGGUGGCCUACAAAUGAAAUUAUGGCUGAAUGAUGUAUCAUUUAAAUACUUUUGUGACGUGUGUAUUCACAGUAGUCAAAUCACAGGAUGUUUAAUGUUCACCUGCAACCUGACAUGCUCUGAAAACCUUCUUGUUAUCUAGAAUUUAUCUCCAUUUAAUGGCUGAGAAAUCACUUAAAUGCAGCCCCCCCCCCCAAUCGAACACAGGAAGACACAGGAAGUGUCUGCAUCUGUCUGUGUCACAUGAUCAGAUGUAAACAUGCAUGAGUGGCGUCUCUGCAUACACAGUGGACAGUGUUUUGGUGCUUUUCUAGGGAACAUGUAUGGACUGCAGGGUCUGAGCGGUCUUAAAAAAUCUGAAAACGUCUAAAAUCGUAUGAUUUGAAUUUAAAGCCUUAAAAUGUCUAAAAUUCUCUUAAAAUCUCAUAAAAUGUCUUAAAUAAGAUGUUGAAGGUGUUGAAAAAGGAUAUUGCAUCUUUUGAAUAAGAUUUCUUUAAAAUGUAUCAACGUUACUUUUAAAUAAAUAACGUGCCAUAGAAAUAAAGAUUGAUUUAAAGUUGUGUAAAAUGUUCAGAUUUUCCUUUAUGUCUGUCAUACUUUUUUGGCCAGUAUGGAUGUUAAAUGGGUCUUAAAUUGUAUUCAGUACAGUCUUAAAAAAGUCUUAAAUUUGACUUGUUUAAACCUGGAGAGACCUUGGACUGCUAAACUAACGUCUGGUUUCUACGCCUGCGGUGCAUGUACAGUGUAGUGUUGUGAAAACCAUAUGCCAAAGUAGAUGAUGAGUCCAGUGCCGGGCAAUGUGAUGUUGGUAGAAAGGGCUUUAAUCUUAAAGCUGAAAAUAUGCUGAUAUUGAUGGUGUAAUAGAGUUUAAGAAAAUUUUAAUCAAUACUGAACUCUAAAAAUACACUACAUUUCUCUGGGACAAAUUCUUGUAAUUUCUGAUUUUGCAAUUGCGUAAAGGAAAAAAUAGAGACUUUUUUUUUCAAUAUUGUGCAGCUCAGAAAGAAAACUCUCAGCAAUCUCUUCAUCUUGUCUCAUCAGCCCUGCAAAUUUUGUGCUAGUCAUCUCAGUAUAACGUGAGUAGAAAAGGCAAAUAUUUAUUAGGCUAAUAUUAACCAAUCCAAAAUCAGCAUUCAAAGUUCUGAGUGUCAGGUGGAUGUUUAUUUGGUUGAUGAUUGGUUAUGUAAAUGUUGGACUGUGUAUUAAGGUGGUUGAUACUAACGUCUGCUAAGAGGUACAAGUUGCACCCUUAGCAGGCAUUACUAAUCCACCACAAGUCACUGUAUUUCUUUGAACAUUUAAUAAAGAAAUGAGAAGCAGAGUAACACAAUUACAAUUAUGUGUACUCGUACAAAUGCUCCAGCUAAAAAGAGAAGUAGUAAUUGUCUGCAGUGUUUCACAAGUUACAAACUGAUUUGAUUGAAAUGGAAGCUAGUAUUUAAGAUAUUUUUGUCAUCUGUUUUCCCCUUUACAGAGGUCAGAUCAAACUGGCAGACUUUGGUUUGGCCCGUCUUUACAAUUCAGAGGAAAGGUAAGAGAUUUUUUUCAUGACAUAUUUACCUCUUAAAUGUCAUUGUUUACACUGAUAACUUUUGUCAUUUAAACCUAUGAAAACACUUUCAUGAUGAUCGUAGAAGUUUUAAUACACUCAAGACUUCCCCCUGAAUUUACAGCGACUCCCCUCUAGGUGGUAGUGUCUGUCACAUUGUUUACCAACACAAAUCCCAGAUAGUGAAAGUGGAAGUGUUUGUCUUUGUACACUCAUGGGUAAUCAUGCCCUGUGAAUGUCUUACCAUCCCCUCUCUUUUCUCGCCCCCAGUCGGCCAUACACUAAUAAAGUAAUCACACUAUGGUACCGCCCCCCUGAACUUCUGCUGGGAGAGGAGAGAUAUUCUCCUGCUAUUGAUGUAUGGAGCUGUGGGUAAGUGUGAUCAUGAUUAAGGUAAUAAUUACAAUAACUUUGUUCAUGUAGCACUUUUCGAAAACCAAGUUACAAAAGACUUAAAAAAAAUCAAACAAUCUGAAUUGUUGAAGGCAAGUAAGAGAAAAGAGACAACCUCAGACAGGGAGUUUCACAGCUGUGGGGCCCAAACUGCUAAUGCUCUGUGCAUUUAUGACCCAUCAAGAUUGAGGAACCACAAUCUGGGCCCUGUUAGGAGACCUCAUGCAGGGGCCAGUCUCAAAGGGAGUUAGCAGUUCACAGAUACAGGCUUUAACUUUGAGUCUGAAGUCACAAGGAUUAAAUCAGCUGCAGUCUUUGGAUGUUGUGCUCGCUGAUGCUACAACAAAAAGUGUUACAAGUAUAGAAGGCAAAUGCAUGGGAGACUUUUUAUGUAUUGAAAGGAGGGACCUGAUUUUUGUCCAUUUUCACAGCUGAGUAAAACAGGACUACUCUAUUUCAGUCCUCUUAAUGUCAAAAGAAAGAGUUUUUGAAGUAAGGAGGUGUUAAUAUCUUUCCACUCUCUUCUUCCAUCAGGUGUAUUCUUGGAGAGCUUUUCACCAAGAGGCCCAUCUUUCAGGCUAACCAGGAGUUACUACAACUGGAACUCAUCAGGUAGGCUGCCCUUUGCUGAACACACCUCUUCACAUCCCAGUUCCUCUUUUUUCAUUGUCCCUGACCGCAUAUCUAUCCUACUCUGUCGCUUCAGUCGUCUGUGUGGGAGUCCUUGCCCAGCAGUCUGGCCCGACGUCAUUAAACUUCCCCUCUUCAACACCAUGAAACCCAAGAAACAGUACAGACGGCGACUGCGGGAGGAGUUUGCUGUGUAUGUACACCCUGCACUUCAUUAAAGUAGCUGUGCUUAACUGUUCCUGGGUCCCCAUAGUUACAUAAUCCGUUCCCUUCCUUUCAGUUUACCGACCUCUGCUCUGGACCUGCUCGAUCAAAUGCUCACCUUGGACCCUGCGCGGCGCUGCACAUCAGAGCAGGCCCUUAACAGUGACUUUCUGUGUGAUGUGGAGCCCAGCAGGAUGCCACCUCCAGAGUGAGUCCACCAUAAGCUCUGCUCUUAUCUUAAAUGACAUAGUAGUAUUGAGGCGCAUGUUGUUCUUGUUGUCAGAGGUGGGGGGAAAUAUUAAAACUGUACUCUGUGAAUCUUUUCAAUUUAAUGUGUUUGAAUGUUUAAAAUUCUGUCUGAGGCAUCACAAAUCUGAAAUUAAUGUUGGCUCUGUAAUGACUUAAUGUAUUCGUUUUCUGCAGCCUUCCUCACCACCAAGACUGCCAUGAGCUGUGGAGUAAGAAGAGACGACGAGCUCGACAAAGCGGGCUGCCUGGUGAUGUGCCUGUGCCCAAAGUGCCACGUAAGGAUGUGACAGGAACCUCCAGCGGAGAGAACAGCCGGGCCCAAACCAGCCCGGCUGCAGUGCCCCCACCUCCACAGGGAAAGCCCCCCUCCACAGCCAAUAUAGAGCGCGAGUUGUCAGGUAACAGCAAUCUCUCACAGGCAUUUUGAACAGAAACACAAUCAACCAUAAGAGCUGUUUCAGAAAUAUGGUGAACAUGACUUUGUGUGUUCAGGCCUGGGUGUUUCUGCGGAUCAGUUGAACCCAGCAGAGAUGGCGGUGCUGGUGAACCUCCUGCAGGGGCACACUGAUCUAAGCCUGCCCCAAGUUGCCCAGCUCCUCAACCUCUCCAAUCCAGAAACCCUCAGCCAGACUCUUUCUGCGCUCAGUGAGGCUUCUGACCACCAGGGGGCUCCAGAGGACCAGCCUCAGGUUACUGCCAGAUCGCAGCCGCCAGAACCACCUCCUGAACCCCAGGAACUCUCGCCGACAUCCGGAGACCAGCAACUGAGCCAGGAAGACCAGGCCAACCUGCUGGCUCUCAUUUUAGGCCACAUCAUUAAGCCACAAACUGAGGAGCAAGGCGAUGAGAGCAAUGGCGUCCAAUCAGAGGAGGCACUAAUGCGCGAUUCAUCUGCCUCCACUACUGAUCGCAAGGGCAAGUCUGGGUUUAGUCUCUAGAGGGUAGAAAAAUUGGGGAAACAGGAUUUGAUGGAAAUUUCAGGAGACCGCAAGAAUGCAGAGAGCAGUGCAGAGAACAAACACAGUGUGGUUUUUGUACACAAAAUUCCUGUGUGAAAAUUAAUUAGACCACCUUCUGAAAUGAGAAAAUGAGAAAUAAACCAAAUAAAUUUGGCCAUUAGACUUAUCUUACAUCCCUCACCCUUCCCUUUCUCCCUGACAUUCCUUCAACACUCACUGUUGUCCCUCUACGCCUGUGUUACCACUACACUUACUGAAGAACGUGCGAAAAAAAAAGACCUUCAAAAUGUCUGUCGAGUGUUUGUCAUCCUGUGACCCUUGCAACUUGGUGAAGGUUUGGUUGCACACGGACAUCUUUAACUGUAUUCACAAUAAACCAGAGAAAGUGUAGUGUUCUUCAUUGGAGUGAAAAGAAAGGUUCACACUGUAUUGUCCCCUUCCACAUUUCUCCCUUUUCCUUGUUUAUUUUUUUUUUUCCCUCACGGUUUUUGUUUCUAUAUCUGUUUCAUCUCCACACGUUUCUUUCAUCCUUCAUUUCAUGAUAAAGCAGGUGUUGAGGAUUCUUCACAGGAAGAGAUGUUGCUUUCAGCUGUCUGUAAUGUCAGCCUUUUUAUGAAGAAAGUCUAAUAAAUUAUCAAGUGAAAAUAAAUGUAUUCAAUCUUUAGACCUCACCUGCAUGUGUUUCUUUAAACUUUCUUUUGUCACACCUUUUAUUUCCUUUUGGCUCUAGCUGUUAACUCUGACUCAGAUUUUAGUUUGAAGAUGUGUGCGCAACAUGAAUAAACUGUUGGCUUUGCUGCUGACACUAGAAUGGUAGCAGUCAUGUUUUCCUCUUAUCUUUGAAACUCCAGCCGGUUUGGUUUUGCGUUGCUCUGCUGUAGGUUGUAAAAACAAACACGCGUUUCAGGAGUCUUGUCCUCAUCUUUGAAAUAUUCAAAGUCACUUAAGUCACCCUUUUUGGUUCAUCCAGCUGUACAUGCCCCUCCCAGUGCUCCCUCACCCACUCCCCAUGUUUUUUCAUUUUUUAUAGAUGGUUAUUUGGAGGGAACUAUUCUAGCUGCAUCUGUUUUGCAUACAUUACUCCUAUUACAUACAUCAGCAUUAGCCAUAUUGGCAAGUCUUGGAUAUUCAAUGUUUAAAAAAAAACGUACAAAAAUACUUUUUUGCUGUACUGAAUAAAAUCUCUAAUAGUCAAAUCACGUUAGAAUAAAGUCAAAGCCUUUUAGGACCCUUUAAUACGAGGUUUUAAUUUACCUGAAUAUGUGCAUUUAUGAUUUUUUAAAGGCUAAGCACAUCUUUGUGUUAAAGUCUGGGUCUAAGAACUGACUGUAUUAAUCAAUGCAUUGCUCAUAGAUUAACUAAACUAAUAUUACUGCCAUGCGUAAACUGAUGUUUAAGCCUCCACUAACUGCCAACGUGCAACUGAUGAGAAGAUUUUCUUAGAGUCCUCUGCCACCCUCUUGUGGUAAAGGUAGGACCGUGCCAACGUUGCUAAUUUAUAUCAGGUCAUUUGGUCAAAAAAAAGAGCUUCUUGAGCUCCGGGUUAGCACACUGCAUCUUUAACAUAAACAGAGACAUUAAUGCCACUGUGACACAGUCUAUACGCUGCAUGUAUUUUUUUUAAAAUAUCCCAGUAGCUAACAUUUGUCCUCUCUUCUGUUUUGAUCCCCACAGAUACUGCACCAUCAAAAAGGAAACCGUUUGGGUCUAACCCUGUGCCCCAGUCUGGUGACCAGCGUCCACCCUCACCACCAGGGCCGCCACCAUCAGCUGUCCUCGCUGGAAAUGCUGAGCAGGCUGGGUCUGAAACCCAACCUAACCAGGACAUCAGCCCUGCUGUAGCAGCUGCUUUGCUUCAGCUCAUCUCCCAGCAUGACUCGGAAGCUGAGGUCCCUCAGCGCAGCAAGGACCCUUCUCCUGCAGUAGAUGCUCCAGCCCAGGGACAGCCCCCUCCACCCUGGGUUGCAGACUCACCACCCAAAUCUUCGGCUACAGCUGAGGACCCAUCGGGGCCAAAGACUGCUGCUCCAACCACUGCGCAGUUCCCCAAGGACCAGGAUCUACGCUUUUCCCACGGAACUGCACGCUGACCUCAGGCCCUACAGGGUGACAGACCCGGUUAUGUUGAGAUGGCUCCGGUGACCCUGGCCUGAGGGCAAAGGCAGAGGAAGAAUUCAGAGGGACAUCAACCAAUUAUGACUCGCUGGACCAUGAGCAGGUAGCUAGAGCUGAAACACAGAUCUCGAAAACGAAUGUAGGAAAAAGAUUGACGGUCUUUCAAGGUCAUGAACAUCACUUUCCACUGAACGAGUGUCAUAGUGGAUAGGUGCUCGCACCUGUGGUCAGUAUGUUCAUGACCAGUCUAUGUAGGUAGAGUCACCACGUUUGCAUCUCUGCCCUUUUUUUCUCCACUGGGUUUCCUGACACCUUUGUUUAGCUUCCAAAAUGAGUGUUUCGCUGCUGACACUCAACCAAGAAGAGGAGCCAUGAUCUUUUUUUCUCCUCAGUACGAAUGAUUGUCAUGUCCACUGUAGUGCCCUUUUAGAGAGAAGUGUUGAGGGGGGAUUCAGUGACUGUCCUCCACUCUUUUCUAAAGUUUUGGCUGUGACAGAGCAAAAGCAUUUUAGUUGAAACUAAAACACUCCUUAUGAGUGAAAUUAAACCAAUGAGUCCACUGAUGACAACAAAGGACCUUGAGUUUUUAGUUGAAACUUGCUGGUGAGAGCCCCCCUCUUACAGCCUUGUGCCUCUCUCAUGACCCCGGCAACCCCUGAAUGAUCUUGCCCUGGUGGGGAAAUGUGGAUAAAGUGUCUGCUUUGGGUGUCAUUUACAUCAGUGUAUGUCUGCGGGCCAUUAUUUUAAAUAGUCCCCAAAGACUGCCUGUCAUCAACUCAGUUGAAUUGUAAUGUGUUCUUGGCCCAUCAAUAGACUUCUGUACUCAUCAUGAAGAGACCUCCUGUGUUGCAACAAGCUUAAGCCUGUAGUGCUCAUUUUCAGUCUAUGAUAUGAAUUAAACCACUACAUUAUGAUGGACUGUUUUGUAACACGCACACACCAUCCUGCUAUCAGAAGUAAACAGUGACAAACAUACACUAUAUACAACAAACACAAACAAUUUCCAGCUUUUUCCUUGCUGGCUCUAAGAGCCUUGUCUAAUAUGUUGUCGCCUCCCUGCCAACUUGUGCAGCAAAAGCUUUUUUUGUGCGGUUAUUUUCAAAACAAAGAAAAUUAUUCAAGGUUAAAAAAAAGUUCCAUUUUUCUGUUUCCAUUUUUUGCUUUGGAAAAAGAAAGGGAGAGAAAAAUGGUCCCACUUGUCUGUAAAAAGAAAAUAAUAUUUUGUAAUAUGUGUUUUCUUUGUUCAGUUUAUUAAAGGAAGUUAUGCGACCAGCUGAGUUGUCUCUCCAACACAUCACACCGAUUCAGCCGCUUCGUAGAAAGCAUUCAUGCUUCAACCUAAACUACUGAUGUUAUUCUUGCAUCAUCCACAUAGACUGUAUAUAGAAUGGACGCUGUCUGCCUCCUUGGUGGGUGAAGCCACCACGAGAACAGCACCCACUGGUGAUGAGCUGCAGUGUAGGCC